UAACAUUAUUUUAUGGCACAUUUUGUUUGUACGGAAACACGGACGAUGAAAAAUGCGGUGUCUGCCUACAAAGCAGUUUCAGCCACAAUCAUUGCCACCGUCACUCUCCACCACGAACACACCACACUUCACUACCGCCACUAAUUUACUACCAUCAUCAUCCAUGCCAUUGUUCUCAUCCAUCCUCUCCAAAACCGCCACAACAAGGUCUCUCUUAAUGUCGUCUUCGCGUUCCCCCAAAACGCGCCUCAGGGGCGUCGUUUUCGACAUGGACGGAACCCUAACCGUUCCCGCCAUCGACUUUGCCGCCAUGUACAGAGCCGUCCUUGGUGAACACGAGUACAACAGAAUCAAAUCUCAGAACCCUUCCGGGAUUGAUAUCUUGCACGAGAUUGAGAACUGGACCCCUCAGAAACAGCGCAAGGCCUUUGAAACCAUUGCUGAUUACGAGCGCCAGGGUCUUGAUCGUCUUCAAAUCAUGCCCGGUGCUGCUGAGCUUUGUGGUCUUCUCGAUUCGAAGAAUAUAAGGAGGGGAUUGAUCACACGCAAUGUAAAGUCAGCCGUUGAUUUGUUCCAUGAACGGUUUGGGAUUACAUUUUCUCCAGCAUUAAGUAGGGAGUUUCGUCCCUAUAAACCGGAUCCUGCUCCGCUUCUGCAUAUAUGUUCUGUUUGGGAUGUUCUACCAAAUGAAGUAAUAAUGGUUGGAGAUAGCCUUAAAGAUGAUGUUGCUUGCGGGAAGCGAGCAGGAGCAUUUACAUGCUUGCUUGAUGAGACGGGAAGAUAUGAUUCUCCCAAGUACGCCGAUGUUGAACACAAACCGGAUUUCAAGGUGACUUCCCUUGCUGAAGUUUACUCAAUUUUGGAGGUAAAUUUUGACUUGUCACCAUGAACCACGAGAAAGAUCAAAGAAACUCAGCAGGACCAGUUGUUUUUUAGUUGGUGCUAAGAGAUCUAGACAAGGUGGCAUAUGUCAUUGGGUAGUUUUUUAUUCCUAACCUUUUGUAAGUUUAUAAAACAAAAUAUCCCUGGAAAUUUUAGGUUGCACGAUGUAAUUAGGUUCUAUUCUUGAUCACCUUGGUACUUAUUUUCUUGUUUGGGAAGUUGCUACUCCCGGUUGUAUAAAAGAGAGCAAAAAAAGGUACUACUCCCUUGAUGAAGAAACGCAAAAGUAUUCUCAUGGCGUUAUGAGUAUUACUGACUCUUUUCCAAACACAA